UUUUUAUGGAUGCUUAAAUUACUAAAUAAUUAAUCAAAGUUUGAAAUUUGUUUUUAAAAAUUGAAAAUGUUUCCUCAAUCUGAAUUGGAUAAUUAUAAAUUACAAGUGGAAUUGUUACAAGAAAAAUUACAAAGAAGUGAAAUAUCACGCCAACAAUUGGAGCAUAAAUUAGAUAAAAUAUUACAAAAACGUGAUGAACACGAUAAAUCUGUACGAUCUAAAGCAAGACAAAAAUAUCAACAAUUUCUGGAAGAACAACAGCGAAGAAAUGAACGCAAUAAACAAUUGGUACAAAUGUUGGAACGUAUUGAACAGCAAACAGAGGUAAUGAAUGCUAGAAGUGAAAGACUAAAGAUGAUGAAACUGCAAUAUGAAAUGUACUUUGCCAAAUUGGUGCAUUCACAAACAAGAAGAUGCAUACAAAACUCAGUGACACCAAUGAUGGCCACAACUUCUGGACAAUCGGUAAUGCCUGCAAUGCAACCGGUAGUUAUGGAAAACUACAAUUUUAGCACAAAUAAAGAGUCAGCUGCAGCAACGCCUUUAGUAAACAAUUCAUAUCAAAAUUAUGCUGCGCCACUACCUAAUAGUGAAAAGGAACAAUAUAAUUUAAGAAACCAACCAGAUAAUAUAAACUUGGGCACUGUGGACAUGCCAACACUGGCUAACUUUGUUGUAACCGAAAGAAAUAAUUAUAUGGAUUUUAGAAAUCUAAAUACAGUACCUUCUAUAUCAACACAACAAUCUUUCCAGUAUCCAGUUAAAUAUGAACAACCCAAUGGUAAUAAUAUACAACUUCCAAUGCAGAACAAUAAUUAUAAUACAAUGCAAACCCCUGUGAGUAGUGUGGCUAGUCCUAUAGUUAAUUCUACGAGAUCUCUUUCUUCUGUAACUAAUUUGUUGCCCAAUGAUAAACAGCUUGCAGAUUUGAAAGAACCUACUAAUUUGUCGACUACUACCACCUCUUCUACAUUUGAGGAAAUACCAAAUGUUAGUAUGAGGCCACAAAUACCUCAAAAUUUAAGAGAAAUAACAAAUAAUGCAGCUAUCGCCGUAAAAUCAAACCAUCUAACAAAUACCAAUGUUAUACCACAAGUUAAUGGAAAUUUUCAGCUCUUGGAUAAACAAACACAACCUAUAAAUGAAACAACUUUAAGACCAACAAAUCCUAAAGAUGAUAAUACAUUUAAAGCUCCAGAAAAUAAUAAUCAAAAUAUUAAUAAUAUUAAUUCUAUAACACAAGAUGUUAGACAAGAAAUUAAAAGUCCAAUUGUUAAUGAAAUUAAUAACAUUAAAGCAGUAAUAGAAAAACCUACAACAUCCGUACAACUAGAACCAACAAUUGAACCCUUUCCAACUUCCUACAAUACAAACUAUGUUAAUAGUCAACCUCAACCUAUGGUACAGACAACUAUUACAAAAGAAACCUCUUCAGCUACUUCUACUACUGAAUCAAACUCUUCCACUACACCAGUCUCAAUAGAGAACAUUGAAAAUGCUAUUUAUGGUGAAUUAUUAUCACCCUUAGAAACUGAGGAAGUACCAGUUCCUGAGAAUUCUAAUGUAGAUCCAAAGUUAUUGGAAAAUCUAGUAACCCAAGAGGAAAAUUUGGAAACCAAUAAUAUUCCUUUAGAAGAAACAGACUUAAAUGAAGUUAAGGCAGUAGAGAAUAAUGACAAUGGAGCAGUGGAAUUCCCAGAGAAUGAACAAAACUCAAAUACAAAAAAUUAUGAACAAACUCUAACUUACGAUGAAUACAAUAACGUCCAACUACAACCUGGGGAUACAGAGACUACAGCAGCUGAUUAUAACAACUAUGAAAAUGUGGAUAAUACAGCAAUCGAUGAUAGUCAACAACAGCAGCAGCAAUAUGAUUAUAGUAAUUAUGAUCCCACACAAUAUUCCUAUCCAGGUUAUAUUUAUGAUGAAACUACAGGAGAAUACAAACCCGAUCCAAAUGCACCUGUCGAACAAUAUGCUACAGAUCAACAAUAUAAUACUGAGGGCUAUGAUCAGCAAUAUCAACAGCAAGAAGUUUAUGACUAUAAUCAAACUUAUACAGAAGAUUCGACAACAUCAGCUCCAGCUAGUGCAGAAAAUACAGCAUAUAAUAAUUACGAUGAAACCGCUUUACAAGAGAACUCCGCAAAUAAUAUAACUGCAGAUGUUAAUGCUGAACAACAGCCACCUUUAACAGAACCAGAACCUAUAGCUGUACAACCGGAAAUUACAACAGAGGAUAAUCCCCAGCAACCUUCCACUAAUAAGGUUACCAAACCAACAUCAAUUUUAUCUUCUACGGACAAGAAUAAUGAUACACAAAAGAAAAAGAAACGUGUUAAUUUUGUUGAUAGUAGUGAAACGGAUGAAAGUGCUGUAGUUGAGAAGGCAGCUACUACUAAGUCGGGAAAUGUAGCUUCAAGUGAAAGUGAUUUUGAUUUCUCAUCAAGUACAGAUGCCGAGCCAAAAGCUACUUAACGUAAUGAUUUACUUAUUAU